GUUCACUCCCACGCUUUUCUUCUCAUUGUUCUCUCUCUCUCUCUCUUGCUCUGCUUCUUCGAUUUCACAAGAGCAAAGGGGAUUUAGGGUUUCAUCGACGAACAAGGCUGCUCUGCUCCGACGAUUAGGUUCUUCUUCUUCGAUUUCACAAGAGCAAAGGGGAUUUAGGGUUUCAUCGACGAACAAGGCUGCUCUGCUCCGACGAUUAGGUUCUUCUUCUUCGAUUUCACAAGAGCAAAGGGGAUUUAGGGUUUCAUCGACGAACAAGGCUGCUCUGCUCCGACGGUUCUUCUUCGAUUUCAAUAAACGGGAAGAGACUAGGCUUGGACGAAUCCGCUUGAUCAAGCACGAAUCAAGAAGGUUCUUCUGUUGGUUUCAUCUUGUGUCUGCCAUGGAUUCAAAUAAGAAGAGAGAGAAGUCUGCGAUUACUGAUAUACCAACUGACUUGGUGCCUCAGAUUCUAUCCUGGUUGCCAACCAAAACAGCAGUAACAGUGUCAUAUCUUUUGCUAAAAGGAGAGUGGAGAAUCAACCUCAAUAGUUUGUCAAAGCUCAGCUUCUGUUAUGAUGAUGAAGAAGAGGAAGACCAAUUUGUGAGAUUUGUUAAUGAAGUCUUGAGGCUGAGAGUAGCAAACUGUGAGCUAGAUAGUUUCUACCUGAAGAUUGAUGGUGAGAUUGAUGGAAGUGAUGUGUCCACUUGGGUAGACUACUCGCUAAAUAAUGGGGUGCAGAAGAUGAACCUUAGGAUAUAUGAUAUAAAAGGGGAUUUUGAGCUGAACCCAAGAGUUUUCGUGCAAAAGAGUUUGGUCACUCUGAAGUUGGCCUCUUACCGAAACUUGAUUAGUAUCUCUGGAGAUGACGUAGCCGAAGUUGAUCUUCCUUGUUUGAAGAGACUUUGGCUUGAUGAUAUCAAUAUUGAAGACAAUGAGAUGUUUGUUAGGUUAAUCUCGAGUUGUCCAGUCCUUGAAGAGUUAGUCAUGAUUGAUAUGAAGUGGCAACGAUGGAAUGCCUGUCUUGUGGCAAGCGCAAGUCUGAAGAGACUGAAGAUCAUCUGGAGUAAUGCUGUAGAGAUGGACGAUUUUGAAAGAUGCCCCCAAAGUGUGUCAUUUGACACUCCGAAACUGUUAUACCUUGAGUAUACUGAUCACGUUGCUGGGCAAUAUCCAGUAUUGAAUCUUGGUUCACUUAUUGAAGCCAGGAUCAGAAUUGAAACCAUAGAUGAAAAGGAGGAAGAAGAUGAUGAGGAGGAAGAAGAUGAUGAGGAGGAAGAAGUGAUUGUGAAUGCUGGUGAUGAUGCCACAACUUUUAUCACGGGGAUAACAAGUGUUCGGAAACUUUAUUUGUCUGAUAACACUGUUCAGGUACUUCAUCCUCCAUUCCAUGAUGAAUAUGGAAAUUUGACUCAUUUGACUGUUCAGAGUUGCAAGACACUAAGCUGGGACCCAAUUCCAGAGCUGCUCAGAUCAUCUCCACAUUUGGAAACCCUCGUCUUUGAGGGACUCUUCCACUUAGCCACAGAUGAGUGUGGUGAUGUGUGUCCCUGCCAGAUUAGAAAGAAGUCUUGCCUAGUAGCAUCCCCAGUAACUCUUCUGGAAAUACAUGAGAUUACUAAUGAUGAAGAAAGUGAUGAAGGAGUCGUUAAGCAAGAUAGGGGAGAAGUUAUUGAAGAUGAAGCAAGAUUUGUUGAGCAAGUGAAGUUCUUUAUGAUGAGAAUGCCACGACUCCAACAGGUGAAGAUAUAUGGCAAAACCAAAGAAAGUGUUACUGCUCUGAAUGAAAUUGCCAGUCAACUUUGGAGACUUGAAGGCAAAGCAUCCCCUACGGUUCAAGUAUCCAUACUCGAAGCUUAAAACAAAGGCACCUCUCCCAUUGAUAUGUGGACCAAUUUGAAAGUUUCUGUUACAUGAUACAUCUUUUUGGUAUUUUCUGAUCUCUCUCUCUCUCUCUUUUGACGCGUAUUGUAGGAGUAAUUCUGGACCUAAGUUGAAAAGUCUUGUGUAUGCUCUAUUACAUGCUACUUUUGUGUGAUUCAGUUCUUGUCAAUUUAUGGCUGUAGACGUGUCUUCCUUUUAACUAAUGAGUGUUUUCUUAUUAUCAAAA